UAUUUGUCUGUAGUACAUACAUAUCUGAUACAUAUAUCUAAAAUGUUUUUACUUUUUGUGUCCGGUUACUUUAUUUACUUGUAAUAUUAUCCUUGUUUAUUUGGUCCAACUUCAUAGAUUUGUCGUAGCCGAGGAAGUCCACUGUGUUUUCCCAACAAAGGAAUUUGAAUAUACUCAAUGCAAUAACAAUAAUUCAGUGAAUAGUGAAUAUCUACAGUGAAUACAAAUAUUAUAUUGGUGCUCAAACUCGGUACCUGUUUUAUUAUCGUUUCAAGAUUUGAUACAUUAUACCUAUCUGAAAGAAGUAUGGCAUAGUAAUUGCUGGUCAUCAUAUCUUCCAGGUAAUGGAUGAACAGGAGAAAAAGCCCCAGAGGACUACUGCUAACCCUCAAACAGAACGAUGGGUUCUCCUUGAUUCUAAGUCUAAUCCUGGUCGCAAAUAUUAUUAUAACCCCUUAACAAAACAAACAUUAUGGCAUUACACUGAUGAAGAGAUAAACAAGAAAAAAAAGAAGAUAAAUGAUGGUAGUGAUCAGAUAAACAUUGCUAAAACUGCAACACAAUUUGACUUGUUAAAAAACAAUCAAACAUGUACUAAUGAAACCAGAGUAAUUAAUAGCAUGUAUCCCAUUACCCCUUUACCAUGGAAUUUGGCUAAUGUUCAGGCUCCCAUGCCAUUUAUUCAACCUACUACAAUACCUUUGAUUCAGCAAAAUCUACCCGCUGCUCUCAUAAAUAGUCAAUUUCUUGGUAAUCAAAUCAUAAGUCAGCCUACUCAAGCAGCACUUAUCAACUUACAAUCUGGCUCUCCAACAACUAUCAAUCAGAUGCAAAAUAUAACAAGAUUUGAACAGAAUUUUGAUAUUAACACAUAUCAAACAAAUAAACCCAAAAUAAAAUUUAAUAAAUGUGCCACUAAUCGUAGAAAGGAGUAUAAAUCUGAUCUGAGGAAUAAAUUGGAAAAAAAAAAUCACGCAAGACAUCAUAUUUAUAAAAAAAGAUAUAACAAAGAAGAAGUACAAGGAAAUGAAUCCUGGGAUGAAGAAACAGUGAAGAAUAUUUUGUUGUACCUAAAAUGUUAUAUUUCACCAAGCAAAGAACAAAACAUGUGGUACAUUGUACCUGAAACAAAUGUAAUAUUAAAACAUUCUCGAUUACUAACUCUAAUGACUGGAUUAGACUGCACAUGUCAUUUAAAAAUACCACUACUUGUGAGAAUGAAACUAAAACCUAUUGAAAAAAAACCUGGUAAUGAAGCAAUCAGUCGGUUAAUUCGUUUUUAUUGCACCGAAAAAGAGUCAGAUAUACACGCGGAAAAUACUGGUGACAACUUUUCAAAUAUAUUGAAUACCUGCCAUAACCUAAUAGACAACAAUUACCAUGUGGUACUAUUAUGUGAUAAUGAUAAAUCUUUCAUAGAAUUUAAGAAAAAAAUAAAUACUCCGGUAUUUACGGUUGAUAAAUUCUUAGAACUUCAGAGUCAAGGAAGACUCAUUCCACGCAAUCGGUUCACGUCAUCGGAGACUAUUACUAAAGAACCCUUUAGUAAUAAUGAACAAAACAAUAAAAAGACCAGUGAUUCUAUAAUUUCGGAGCAACCGGGUCUUAUAAAUAUUCAAAGUGUUCCAAUAUCUUGUGAUAAUGGCGAUUCAAGUACAUCCUCCAAAAGAAGAUUAAUAAAACUAAAGGCAUGUGAAGAAAUCCCCACUACUAGUCACUCCUCAAAGAGGAAAAGAUGGAGUGCGUUAAGAAAUAAAUGCCAAGAAUCAAGCUCUGCAAUAUUGCAACCCGUUUCUAAUAAUAAAGAUGCUGAUAGCAAUAUCCUUGAAAAUGUUCAAAAUACAUUAUCACAAACAGAAGUUGAUGAAAUUGAUAGUUCCAAAGUAGAAUUGCCUAAACAAAAAAAUGAACAUUGUGAAGUCCUAUCAACUAAUGAGACAAUUACCACUGUGGUUGAUGGAGUUUCUACAAGCAAUAUUACCCAUGAAAAUAUAUAUUCUGAUUAUGAAGACAAAUAUAAACCCCCGAGCAUUAAAAAAAUCCUGCAGACAAUGAUAAAUGUGUUGUUAAAAGUUUUAAACCAAAAUCCAAUAGAAAUUGAGAAGGAAAUGUCACAGCUACAGCGAUUACGUGAAGCCGUAUUAGACAUAAUUAAAAAUUUUAGUGAACAUUGGAUGAUUGUCGAUGCAGCUAACAAAUUAUCAAUGACAAUUACUCAAUACAUUAAAGGUAAUGUAGAAAUGGAUCAAAAAUUCCGUGAUGAUAUGAAUAGUUAUGGUGUAAAUUUACUUAAAUCACUUGAGGAAAAAUGUUGCUGUCCUGAGUACAUACAGCAUACAGUAAAAUUACUGGAGAAUAGUUGUGAUGACCGCAAAUCUAGUGAGGAUUGUUGCCACAUUACUUUAACUAGUGUAGUUAAAGACCAAGGUCAGGAAGUUACUACAGACAAUUACAUGAAAGGUGGAUCGGAUCCUAAAGUUUUAAGUGAAACAAUAAAACCCAAUGUUGAAAUUGUGUCAGCUGAAGAGAGUUCUAGUGGCAUUGAAAAAGGCAAUGACAAUAAUUGUCGUUUAAAUAAAAGUCAGUUGAAAGAGAACACUAAUCAAGAAGACUUAUUCAAAGCUCUUAAAUUACGGAAAAUAGAAAACGAUCUAACAGAAAAUGAUGAUGUUUCUGAUAUUUGCAUUGACAACGAAAAAACAGAAAGUAGAAAUAGUGAAAGAAACAAUACACGCCAGAACAAUGUCAAUGAAAAUGUUUGCAACGAGGUAUUCCAAGACAAAGCUGAGUCCAUGGAGACAGAAUGUAAAAAUAUUAAAUUGGGUGAGGAAAUUGGAGAGUUCGUAGAACUGUCUGAUGAAGGUGAAUCACGCCGAUUUAGAACAAACAAUAAAAGUAAAGGACAGUUCAAAUAUUUUAUUGGAAUGUUUGUAAAAGAAGUUAGAGAUGCCCUGUUAGUUUGUGCUGAGAACUUUCAAAUUUGUACAACAGAGCAAAAUGUCAACAAUGAUUUUAGUAGAAAAUUUGGACAAGUGCACACACACCUGCUUAAUAUGCAGCGGUCAUUAGAGAGCAUACUUCAACGCGACACCGGCGAUAUCAAUAACAAUUUCAAAAGUUUGCUAACUAGGGCUGGCGUCGAUAUUGAGUUCGAUCAGAAUGUGUGUGGUGAAUAUCGGGAAGUAGUACAAGAGUGCAAAAAUCAGGUGGAUGGAUUUUUAAAGUUAUUGGAAGAAAAGUUAUUCGAUCAAAGUUGUGAUGACCAUUUCCCAAGUCCCCAGUAUAUAUAGGUUAGAAAUAAUGUCAGUUAUACUCAUUUUGUCCUGUUGUGCUUAUUUGCACAAACUUGCACAGACCGCAUAAGAGUUGAGAGAAAUAUAUGGAGAGCAGAAAGUUCAAUAUCACGACGCACAGCGGAACUGCCUAGGUGGGUAUUCUAAAAACUCCGUUUCGGGCAAAUAUAAAAGAUCAAUAGAGAACUGAAGAUUAAUUGUCAUCAGGUAUCUAUUCUAUACUAUUUAUAAUGUUUGGAACUUUGAUAAAAUUAUCGGUAUCAUGCGGUAUUUAUGUAACACCUAAUAACAAUUUAUAAACUUACUUCGUAAAAAUUGUGACAUGCUACUACAAAAUUACGGUUUACAUUUGUUACUUAAAAAACUAAAGAAAUGGGCAUAAAACAUGCAUGGAGUUUAUUGUUGUUAUUUUAUGAUUGCAGUUAAUUCGUACUGUAAUACUAAUAAGCUUGAAUGUCACGUUAGACUAUGUACCUUAGUUUAGAAUUUUCGGAAUAGCCACCCUAAUGUCGUAGUGAUGCGAAAAUGUGGCAAAAAUGCACUAUAUCUUAAAUCUAAGCAAUUGCUUUAAAAGCUAGCUUGAAGUUAUUGUCCAAUGAUUGAUCUAAGGAAGCACGUGUAUUGAUUUUUCUAUAUCGUAUCGCAUAGAUCGCCGCCCUAGCCGCAUUCUUGGGACAACAUCUACACUUAUAAAGAAGAGCGAAGAUAUGACGUAUAGACUUUACAGUGUACACAAACCAAUUAAUCUUAAUCGAACCGCGUGACAUAGUGGCAGCAAUGAUUGGGCUGCUUCAACGAUGUGAUAGCAUAAUAUAAUUAACGACCUGUAAUGAACAUAACAAGUUGCUUAGCCAAUGUCAGGUGUACAUUACAACUGAAUGAACGUUUGCUGAAAGGAAAUAAGAAAUUUGUGUUAUUCCAUUAAAACAUAUAAGCCCGCUAUGUGCUUAGAUAGUGCCUCGUACCUAUAUGUUUAAACAUUGACCUGCGUGGCUAUAAAUGGAAAACUUGAACGCACUUUUUUAAAUGAAUAGUUACAGACCUCAGACACUUUCGAGACAUAGCAGAAAGAUUAAAUUGCAUAACUUUACUACAGACAGUAAUUAGAUCAACUACAUAUAAUGCCAUUAUACUUUACAUGAAUUCUAGCUAUUCUUCCUUUAUUUAUGACUUGUCCAGGUCGUAAGAUAUAUGAUUCACAUAUUGGAUUCAAAUUGUUGUAAAUACAAUACAAUACAAAUGGAAAUCCAUCUAACGUGGUUUUUUAUUAAAUAGGUACAGUCAGUCACAAAAGUAGCUGAGUAAAUUCAAAAUUUUAAACGGCAUUUUAACUUUUGUGUCCUUAUCAACAAUUAUUUUUUUUCUUUAGUAAACUUCAAAUGGUUGGCUUUAUUUGAGGUAAAUAAAAUAGAAUAUUUCGAUUAAAUUUAAUAUGUAGAAGCCUUUUGAAGUUUUCUAAUUGUUCAGCUACUUUUGUGGCUGACUGUACAUAAAUUUACAUAGUAUCACGCCUUUUUACCUUGUCAGUGAUAGGCACAGGUGUAACCCACCAACAUUUCGACAGCUUUGUUCGGUUCCAUGUAAUAGGGGGGAACUUGUUACACAUUUACCGGACAGAAUUCCAGACAUUCCGGGCUGUUACUGAGUAGAAAAACUUAAUAUUUGCCCGAUCCGGGAUUUAAACCUGAGAACUCAAUGCAGUAAUUAUAUAGCGCACGAAAUACAACUAUGCCAUCGAAGCAGUGAUAUCAAUUUAAGUAAUAGAAAGAUACAAAUUAAUACGUUUUUAUUCAACUAGAAACUAAUAACUACAAUAAAAAAUAAGAUAUAGGUAGUGUAUAUAAUUUUAUACAUAUUUAAGAUAUGAUAAUGUACACACAGCAUCUAUCAUGUAUAUUAAUGUACAUUAUAUCACGGUAUGUAUAGCUUUACAUUAUCCUAAGGUAUCUUACACGCAGCAGUUAAUGUUAUGUAUCUUUUUCCUUCAUUCAAUAUACACCCAAGGUGUUGUUUUGCAUCCCCGCCAUGUUUGAAGAGUCCAUUGUAAUGGGUACACAUAAUCAUCUAAUAAUACAAUUUAAGUCCUAUCUUCAACGGGAAUCCGAAAUUAACUCCUACGUAGAUGUCUGAAUAGAACAUGUACGUUGGGGUUAAUCGAGGUUUAUCGAGAUGUAAAUGUAUAUAAUCGUACCGAUCUGUAUUUUAAUGCCUCAUUUCGACUAUAGGUUAAUAAUUCGUUAAUUGCACGAAUAUUACUAUAAAUAAUUAUGAGCAAUGAAUACGCCGUAAUUAGCUGUUUACACACUCGUAUUCGUGACUGUUCGCCUAUACUAUGCAUGUAUCUAAAUCAGGUGAAAGAUACGAACAUGUAAAAAUAUACAGGAUGAUUUUGACAUUGCGUUACUAAAUGAAACGAUACUUGCAGUAUUGAAAAUUACACUUACGUUAAGUUUCUAGAACCGUAGAUGUAAAAUAAAAAAGUAUAGAUGUCGAACAAAAUAGAAAUUAAUGAAAAGUAAUUUUACGCGCCCUAAUGCCACUAUUACUACUCUAGGGGUAUUCAUCGCUGCGGAAAAAUCACAUUUUCAGUCAAAAAUUACCCACGCACACACCAAUUUCGCACUAAUCUAGAAAAUGCUAAAAAAAUCAGAAAAGUAAAACUGGAAUUUUUGG